CGUGGAGUGAAUCCAGUCUCCUCAGAGGCUGGCUAAUAAGGCAGAAGAGGCAGCCCCUUAUUCUGUUGCUGCUACUGUUGGUGGUGUAACACUCCUGGAGGCAAUGCUGGAGAUGCGGUGAAGCCUUGGAGGAAGAGAGGAGCGGAAAGACGCCUCCUGAUGGGGAACUGCUGAUUGAAAGAGCGAGAAAAAGGAGAACAAGAGAGCGCAGAAACAGUCCAUGGUUAACAAGCCAAAGAGGAGGAGGAGGUGAGACAAGCGAUUAGCAGCGGCAUAGAAUAGGUGGUGGUACAGUCCAACUGUAGACCCUCAGUUUCCAGGAGCUCGAUACAGAUGGAUCUGCAUUCAGCUCUCAACAACAUGACUUGGCUUGUAUAUUCCCUCCUGCUCCUGCUCAAAUGCCAAAAUAGUCUUUGUCAGCAGUCGUCGGAAGCUCAGAAGGAGGCAGGUGCCAACGAAGACAGCACGGUUUUCACCAGGAUCCUGGAUGGCCUCCUGGACGGUUACGACAACAGGCUCCGCCCGGGACUCGGAGAGAACGUGACAGAGAUCAAGACAAACAUCUUUGUCACCAGCUUCGGCCCCGUGUCCGACACAGAGAUGGAAUACACCAUAGAUGUGUUCUUUCGUCAAAGCUGGAAGGAUGAGCGUCUCUGCUUCAAAGGGCCCAUGGAGAUGCUGCCCUUAAACAACUUGUUGGCAAGCAACAUCUGGACUCCUGAUACCUUCUUCCUCAACGGCAAGAAGUCCAUCGCUCAUAACAUGACCACGCCCAACAAGCUGCUGAGGCUGAAGGAUGACGGAACCCUGCUCUACACAAUGAGGUUGACGAUCUCAGCAGAAUGCCCCAUGCAGCUGGAGGACUUCCCCAUGGACGCUCACGCCUGCCCGCUGAAGUUUGGCAGCUAUGCAUAUCCAGUAUCAGAGGUGGUCUACACAUGGACUCAAGGAGCUGCCAAGUCUGUUGUGGUGGCAGAAGAUGGUUCCAGGCUCAACCAGUACCAUCUAAUUGGACAAACAGCCGACACAGAGGACAUACACACCAGCAGAGGACAGUACACCGUGAUGAUGGCGCACUUCUACUUGAAGAGGAAAAUCGGAUAUUUUGUCAUCCAGACGUACAUGCCAUGUUUCAUGACUGUAAUCCUGUCCCAGGUGUCGUUUUGGCUUAACAGAGAGUCAGUUCCUGCACGGACAGUGUUUGGGGUAACUACGGUGCUGACUAUGACCACACUCAGCAUCAGUGCCAGAAACUCUCUUCCCAAAGUAGCCUAUGCAACAGCCAUGGACUGGUUCAUUGCUGUCUGCUAUGCUUUUGUCUUUUCGGCUCUUAUUGAGUUUGCCACAGUGAACUACUUCACCAAAAGGAGCUGGGCCUGGGACGGCAAGAAAGCUCUGGAAGCUCAGCACCCUAAGAAACGAGACCCGAUGGUGCUCUCGAAAAAGGCCAACAAUGUCUGCUCGGCUGGCGUCAACUACACCCCGAACCUCACCAAGGACGUGUCCAUCUCCACCAUCUCCAACACGACGUCAGUGCAGCUACGAGGUUCAGAGAGCAAACUGGUGGACCCCAAGAAAACGUACAACAGUGUCAGCAAGAUCGACAAGAUGUCGAGGAUAGUGUUCCCUGUCCUCUUCGGAACCUUCAACCUCGUCUACUGGGCCACAUACCUGAACAGAGAACCAAUGGUGAAAGGAGUUGUCGCUUCAACAUAAUCGCUUUCUUUUGUUGUUGUUAUGGGAUUUUUUUCUUUCUGAAACUGAAUUUGUGAAAAAGAAGAAGGGGCUUAAGCCUAAUCAAUUUCUGCUUUAGAAAAAAAGAUAAAAAAACAAACAUCGGCGUUUGAAGAACAAAGAAACUAUACUCAUCUAACUAAUUCAGGCACUUUGAAUUGAUGCAAGGCUGCGACAUUUCCUUUCCUUUUCCCGUGGCCUAAAAAAACUGCUUGAUACUGAAGAAACUGCUUCAAAGAUACAGGAGAGCGACUGCUUUGCUUCUUUCUCGUCUAUCCUGCUGCAAUUUGCAUGAUGUUCUCCAUAACAGGAAACCGUGGACUCCUUUGUCUUGAACACUGACCAUGUAUAUUGUCAAUCAUCACUUAAAGUGCAGCGGCUUACUUAGUUUGAGUUGAAACCUUCAAUUUAAAGGGUAAUGCUGCAAGAGUAUUAAUUUUGCUUUAUAUAGGUAUUUUCCAUUGUACUGCUUCAAAAACUCAGAUGUCAAAUUAGAAUCCUAAAAGUUAAAAAACACAAUAUAGAACCUGAAAGUAAAAUACAAGUCAUUAAUAUUUAUAUAAAAGUAUAGGAAAGCAACACAUGGAAAAAGAAAUCCUUGAUAAUCUUUGACCUAAAUGGUGAAAAAAUAGAAUUGAGUGACGUGUUCGCACAAAUCUGGGAGUAGAUAUAUGUGAUUUAAUUAAAAUUGAAGCCUUGGUAACUCAGCCAUGAAACUAAUAUACACACCUGAGAGGCCAUUUACCUGAAAAGCAGUGUGUCACAUACAAAUCAGCAGAGUGAUGUGGAGAGUUCAAAGACUGUAAUUCUGUGAAGUGACCUGGAUUCAAGGUGCCUUUUAAGCAUCCUUGAGCAAAACACUGUAGCGAUAAAAGCUCCAGGAGCUGGUUUUACCUUCAACUUGACUCCAGCUAAGAAAAAACAGGGUUUGGAAGAUACUUUAUGUUAUUCCUAUUAUUAUUAUUAGAAAAACUUGCAUCUAAAAACAGCAACAUUAAAAGGUUUUGCAUCCACUCCUAAAGUGAUGUAUUUGACAAAAAAAAGGAACUAAAAUGGUUUUAUUGUAAUAACUACAACUGAAUAAAAUAUAGUGGUUGUUUUAGAGGGAAAUUAGAGUCAGCUUUAGAGUCCAUUUUGAAGGCACUGUAUUUCAUAUCAAGUGCUCUGUAGUAUCGUUCAUUUCUGCCUCAAUAAUCAUGUCAUUACCACAAAAAAAGAUCGUAUUUAAAAGCGAUUCAAAAUUAGCUGAACACAUUCUUUAGUAUUUCUUUAAUUUGUUUUUGUGGAUCAAUGAAGCUAAUGUGGCUACUCUUAUACAUCUAUAGUAAAACAGGCCUUCUUUCUAGCUAGCAAAUUUUUAAACUCCUUAGCUCAGUUGCUAAUAGGUCAAUGAAAUCUGCUUUUAAAGACGUUCUUUGUGCCUGACCUUCUACAAACCAUUUUUUUUUUAUCUUGUAGGCUAUCCUUUAAUUAGACUAAAAGUUACCACCAUAGCCAAUAAUAUGCCAACUUUAGCCUGCUUCACCCUUCAUCUACUUUCUUUAUAUGCCCUUGUACUUUUAGCAACUAAUUAUUAAUGAAUGUACAUAAAAUAACAACUUUGAAAACUUUUGUUAAAUAAGUUACACAGACGAUACUAAAAAAAAGCCUCCUUACUAGAUAGCAAGUUAGGAAGCAAAAAGGUUGAUAAAACCUGUUUAUAUAAAGAGGUUCUUGAACCUUGUAACAUUUUUUUUAUUUUGUAGGUUAUCCUCUGACAUAUGAGUAAAAUUUAACACCUUAGUCUUUGGAUUUUUAGAUUUACUGUUACUUAACAGCUCAGUCUACUAGAGAAGGCCAGCUGUUUUAUACAUGGGAACAGAACAUGCUAACAUAAACCUGGACCACCUCAAACGUUUUGUUUUCUCUUUAUUAUGCUAUUAAUUUUUCCCAGCAUCCAACUAUUUAGGAAUGUACAUAAAAUUAUUUUAAAAAUUAAAACAAAUGUCAAUUAAAGAGAAGUUUACAGAAGAGGGCAAACAGGCCUCCUACUAGCUGUUUAGUUAGAAAGCUUUUUAGCUUAGUUGCUAGUAGGUCAAUCAAAUUUGGUUUUAAAGAGGUUCUUUGUGCCUAACUUUUUACUAAGUAUAUUUUUAUUUUGUAGGUUAUCCUCUGACAUUUAGGAGUCAAAGAACACCAUAGCCAGCAAUAAUCCUCAAUUUUUUUAUUUCCGCUUUUAUUGUUUCUUCAGAGCUCAGUAUGUUAAAGGUUGCUAGCUAUUGGGUUAAAACUAGUGGAAUAACAAGAAAAAUGAGGUCCAUGCAUACUUUUUGCAUACAUUUAUUUCUGAGUGAACAGACUUUUACUGUGACAAAUUUAUGUUUAAGAAAAUGUUCCCUAAUGUUUUAAGCAAUUAUUUCAAGUGGUAUAAAGGAAACAUGUAGAUACAAUUUUCAGAUUUUUGAGCUAGCAUUCUAAGGCAUUCACAAGAAAAAAAAAGCCAAUGAGACAAGCCAAUGCUGACUUUCGAUUUAUGAAGAUAAUGUUCUUGUCUUGGAUCUUUUUCUGAAGAUUUGUUUGCUUUUACUUUAUUUUGUUCUCAAUGUUUGGGUUACAAAAAUGGACAUUUGAGCUUGUUGUGUGUUUUUCUCUCCUCUAACUUAUUCAAACUCGAGGUUUUCAGCACAAAUUUGGGAUUAAGGUCGAGGACCACAGUCUGUGUUGGGACAUACUCAGGAUCAAAGGGACCAAUGUUUGGAGCCGAAGAGAAGCCUCUCAGUCUAUGCUUUAUGAAUCACAUCACACUGAAAACCGUAGUUCCCUUUCACCUGCCGCUGAGGCCAUUUUCUUAAUGAACUUCAGGGCACUUAACAGAGUUCAUUUAUAUGGUCAUGACAAAGUAAAAACAGCUUGUUUCAGUUUUGUGGCUUCACAUAUGAAGAUAAAUGACCAAACAUCUGGUCUUCACUAACUGUGAAAAGUUGGUGAAUACAGAUGAACAACUACACUUGCCAAAUUAGUUAAUGUAUUUAAGAAAAUCUAAGGCAAAAUACUUUUAUUAGGGAAAUUUUAGAUCAGGAAGUGAAUUUUUAUAAGCUCUAGGCUUAUUAUAAAUUCUAACAUUUGGUAUGUGUUGUUUUUAUGAAUGAAUUAUGUAUGUUUAUACAGUAGCAGUCUG